AUGCUGAAGAAGAUGGAGCAGGCUAAGAAGAAAGCAGAGGCAGUCGUUAACACAGUGGACAUCUCUGAGAGGGAGAAAAUGGCUCAGCUGAAGAGUAUCUACAAGAAGGCUGGCCUGGGAAAGGAGAAGAGAGAAGUAACGUAUGUUGUGACCAAAAAGGGAGCCGGCAAGAAAGUGAGACGGCCCCCUGGCGUCAAGGGAGUCUUUAAGGUGGUGGACAGUCGCAUGAAGAAAGACAUGCGAGGAAUGCAGAGGAAAGAGCAACGUGCUAAAGGAAGC